AUGCCGCCCUUCAAGGAUGAGCAUGUUCUUAUAAUUGCGCCAGGAUCGCAAGUGACCCUGGCGCAACUGGGCCUCCCCGAGUCGUUCACGCCCGCCCGAUGGCGCUUCCCCAGCCGGAUGUUCCCAAGCGAGAAGAAGGGCGAAUACGAACCGUACAAGAUUCACGAGAGGCGACAAGAGGUCAAAUCCGCCAAUGGCUCGACCGCGGCAAAAGAGCAGGAGGACGUUGAGAUGAAAGACCAACCACCACAGGAAGGGACGGCAAACGCAGACGCGCCGAAGACCGAGAGUACAGACGAGACGAAACCUGAAGCCGCCGAGAACGCGGGCGAAGAAGGCAAAGAAGGUGGUGAGAAUGGCCAGACCGUGCAGGAGAUUUUCUACGAGGAAGACAUUGCGUCUGAAGAAGGGGCGAUCUGGCCGAUGCAGAAGGGGCGUAUAGUCGACUGGGAGUGUUUCUUCGCUCUCUUAACACACGUGUAUAACACGCUCAGUCCGCCAUUCCAUACCCCUAUCAUGCUUGUUGCCGAGCCGGUCUGGUCAUUGCGGGAUCGGGAGGCAAUCACUCAGUUUGUGUUUGAGAAGUUCAAGACACCUGCGUUCUGCCUCAUGGAUUCCGCAGCCGCUGUAUGCUACGGGUAUGGAGUACAGACCGCGACUGUCAUUGAUGUCGGAAAGGACAAGGUCGAUGUCACUGCGGUUACGGAUUUCCAGGUCAAUGAGCACGGGCGGGGAGUCGCCUUGGAAGGUUGCGGCGGUGACUACAUGACUGACCGGCUGCUGGAGCUGCUGGGCUCGAAGGGAUUUUCAAGAGAGAUGUGCGAACAGCUCAAGCGGAGCAACAUUACCGAGCUCCUACCAGCGGGGACGCCUCUACCUGGCGCCGCCGCCACAGCACGCCAGAACGGGCCGCCAGCUGGUUCUAACACGCAACUUGGCGGCGUGGAAAAUGGACAACCUAAGAACGCGAAUGGUACAGCAGAAAACGAGGAAGAUGAGGGCGUCCUUGACGUAGCCGCUAUUGUCAGCGGUAACACCAGCGAAUUCCUCGCCGCGCGGGAGAAAGACAAGGGGACGAAGAAGGGUGCUGAUGCGGCGAAGCCUGUCCGCCUUCCCAACUCUAAGAAGGAGAAGGCUACGUUCCAGCACCAAGAAUUCGUCAAAUUGGAGCCAGAGAAGGACGCGCCUAGCGGUCCUAGUCGCUUCAUGCGUCAGACAAGAGAUAUCGAAGUGAGCGUCGAACGGUUCCUUUCUGCUACACCGAUGCAGAAGAAAGGGGAGCGACUGUCAAGCGGUCUUCUUGAGGAUAUCGCUACUCAGAUCCACCACACCAUCCUUGCCGUGCCUGAUGCUACGAAGCGCAGUGAUCUAUGGGACUCGCUGAUUAUCGUUGGUAACGGGAGCAAGGUUAAGGGUUUCACCCAAGCGCUCAUCAGCACAAUCACCCAAAAGUUCGUCCUCUCGCCCUCCGGCACAAUCUUCACGUCCGAAAUUCCCUCCAACUUCUCUACACCCCUUCCCACCGGCGGGACAAACACCCCCGUUCCAGGCUUUCCCGGCCAAAUGCACCACCCAGGCAGCCAAGGAGUAAACCCUCUCCUCGUCGCCGCCACCCACUCUGGAAACCCCAUGCCUCCAGGAACACCAUCCAUCGACCCCCUCUCCCACCACCGCUCCACCGGCCACUCGCAGACUCCUACCUCCGUCCGCACCGUAAAACCACCAGAGUACUUCCCCGAAUGGAAGGAGCAGACAGCCACUCAACAGCCGCCGCAGAAUCAACCCGGCCUCAACGGUCCCGGCGGCCCAGCUUCCGGCGGCGGCCACCGCGGUAUGGAAGAGGCUGUCUUCCUGGGCGCCCAGGUUGCGUCUAAGGUCGUGUUUGUCAUUGAUCAGGGUAUCAGUAAGGGCUUCAUGAGCCGGGUCGAGUACAACGAGAAUGGACCCUCGGCGAUCCAUGAGUAUGUUAUGUGA